UUCGACUACAUUGUAAAACUCACCACUGCGCGCUGUUCCAGAAGAAAACCCCAUUCAUUCAUCCUUUGACUUGAUCAUACGUACUCCACUUAACAGUAAAUGGAGAACCCAAAAUUCUUGUUUCUUGGAAUAAUAACGAUUUUCAUAGUGACAUCCACCACUAGAAUAGUUCAGUGCAAAACGUAUGAAUCACCUCAGUACACAGUGGUGCACAAAGAAUCAGAUUUUGAGGUCAGAUUUUACAGAGACUCCUCUUGGAUGACUGCACCGACUGAUGAAAUCUCCUUUGAGAAAGCCACCAGAGACGGAUUCCACAGAUUAUUCCAAUACAUAGAAGGGGCAAACUUGAACUUUUCCCGGAUAUCAAUGACUGUUCCUGUCUUGACAGGCAUCGUCCCCGGAGCCGGACCUCUUCAUUCGUCAGCAUACUUUGUCAAGUUUUACUUGCCAGCGAAAUUCUCGGCCAUCCCACCCCUCCCACUUCCUGAACUGAACCUUAGACCCGAUUCAUGGAAGUGUCACUGCAUUGCCAUCAGGAAAUUCUCGGGAUUUGCAAGGGAUCGUAACAUUGUGAAGGAGGCUGAGAAACUGGCCUUAAGCUUGAGCAAGUCUCCAUGGGCAAACUCAACUUCUACAGAUAGCGGAUAUGCUUACUCGAUUGCGCAGUAUAAUUCCCCAUUGAAGUUUAUUCGGCGUGUUAAUGAAGUAUGGGUGGACGUUAGUGGAUCAAAUGAAGAUGAUUGCAAAUCCAAUCUUGUGGCUGCAUUUUGAACCUCUGCCUAGUGAAAAAGAACCUGGUUAUCUUUCCUCUGUUUGCUGUAUAGAGAUCGGGAGAAACUGAUAGGUUGAUUUCUCGUACACUGUAUGCACCAAGCAGAAUACAUCAUCCGUGACGUAUGAAUCGCCAUAUUUGAAUGUUUCUGGUUACUUGCAUUUGUGAUUCUAGCAGUGGUUUGUAGCAUUAUAAUUGGAAUCCACAUGAACUUGCUGUC